AUGAAGAUCUUCGCGUUAACAAUUGUCAUUUUAGCCCUCAACGGUUAUGUAACGAGAGGUACGUCACUGGACCCUCUCGAUAACGUAGAAAUUGACGAAACAAAAACCGAUAGAGACGACUCGAGAACCAAGAGGUCUGGAAACAUAUUUUCAUCAAUAUUGAAGAAAAAAUUCGGAUUACUCAGCUCAAUAACCGGCUCGUCAUCGGGUAAAUCCAUUGGUCAUUUAGACAAUUUUCCAGAACAUUUCGAAGAACCAUUGUCUUAUCACACAAAAUCGUUCAACUUAUGGGGUGUUAAAAAAGCGAUUAUGUCGUCGGUGUUUCAAGCUGCUAAAGCGAUAACGGGCGGAGUUAUCGCUCUCAAGGGACAAUUGAUCAAGGCUAAAGGGCACGCGGUCGUGGCCAAAGGUAAGCUGAUGCAGACCAAAGGUGAAGCGAUUUCGAACUUUGGCAAAACCAUUGCUACCCACGCGUUCGACGUCCAUCAUGAACCACAGCUAGACGUACAUUCCUCCGUGGGCCUAUUCAACCAUCUGCCUGCCACGCCGAUCCACCAGCCAACGAGCUACGGAGCUGCUACUGCGUUUGGAUACCAAGGACAAGCGUUCCCUAGCAACAUGUACCAGGGCAACUCGUACCAGAGCAACGCGUACCCCAGCAACACGUACCAGAGCAACGCCUACUCUAGCAACUCGUACCAAGUCGCGGCUCCUAGUUACCAGACAGGGUUUGGGGUGCCACAAACUGGAUACGACGGUGGCGUGGGUUACGGCGGAUACGGCGGUAAUGGUUUUACGGCAAAAAGAGCAGUAGAGCAGAAUGCACAGGAAUCGACUGCCAAACAAGUGCAAAAUGCAUUCGCCAAAGAUUCGGUUCACGCAGGAUUGUUGAUCUUCAAACCGAUCAAAAUGCCUGUGCAGAACGUACCGGCAGCCGGUAAUGUGGUGGCGUCUCAGAACACGGCCAACUCACAGCAGUCGAUCGGCCAACGGCCGUCCCAGCAACUGGGUGGUGCGUUCAAUCCCACGAACUUCAAAACGCCCCAGCAAGGUUUUGGAUUUCAAAAACAGUUUCCAGCCGGAUACCAAGGGGACGUGCUAUCCGACGAGUACUCGCCGGACUUGAGCCCCGGUUACCAGGUACCGGACUUUGGUUAUCAGGCGUCGAACCUAGGUUACCAGGUACAGAACCCCGUUUACCAGGCUCCGAACCCCGGUUACCAGGUCCCAAACCUCGGUCACCAGGCGCCGAACCUCGGUUACCAGUCAAACGGCGGAAGCGCCGAACAGACCACGGGUAACGGUUACAGCGGUGGGAUGCAGAACUUCGACUUCCAGCAGUCGGCCAUCAGCCAAGAGUUGGGCCAACAGCUGGCCGCGAUCUCCGGCCAACAACUGCAGCAGGCGUCCUUUUCGCAGGAAAGUCUCAACGGUGACCAACACGACUUGGCUUCGGGCGUGGACGAGCGGAUGGCUCAGCCGUCGUACAAACGCGCUAGUCAGGCGAUCAAUUCCAAGCGAGGUGUGUCAGGGUCGACGGGCCCGUCAACUUCUUCAGUCACCGCGGACUUCGACAAUGGCGAAGGCGCGAAAACAAAAAAACGAAGCGCGCCGCUGCCGCCGUCUCAUGGUGACUAUGCUACAGCAGAAACAACGAUGAGAGUAUCUACUUAUGGACUUAAAAAGUAA